AUGCCUUCCACACACGACAAGGCCAAACCGUGGGACGAUGGCACCGUGGACAAAUGGGCAGAGGAGAAGUUCACGCCUGAACACAACGUCGGCGGUGUUUUCGCUGACGAAAGCUCCUUCGCCACUCUCUUCCCAAAAUAUCGCGAGCAAUACCUGCGUGAGGUCUGGCCUCUCAUUACUAAAGAGCUUGCCAAAUCGGGUAUCGCUUGUACACUUGACUUGGUCGAAGGCUCUAUGACUGUCAAGACGACGCGGAGGACCUACGAUCCGGCUGCAAUUUUGGCUGCAAGGGAUCUCAUUAAGUUACUCGCCAGAAGCGUUCCCGCCCCUCAAGCUAUCAAGAUUCUCGAAGACGGUAUCGCCUGCGACAUCAUCAAGAUAAGGAAUCUUGUCGGAUCGUCCGAGAAAUUCGUUAAAAGACGCCAGAGGCUUCUUGGGCCUGGAGGUUCUACACUUAAAGCUCUUGAGCUGCUCACAGAAACAUACAUUCUUGUUCAUGGAAACACAGUCUCAGCUAUGGGCCCUUACAAGGGACUCAAGGAGUUGAGACGAGUCGUGGAAGACUGUAUGGCCAACAUACACCCAAUCUACCAAAUCAAGACCUUGAUGAUUAAACGCGAGCUUGCGAAGGAUCCUGAGCUUGCUACAGAGAGCUGGGAUCGCUUUCUCCCUAACUUCAAGGCGAGAGCUCUCAGCCACCGACGAGUCCCGAAGAAUGUCACCGACAAGACCAAGAAAACCUACACACCAUUCCCUCCAGCACCCGAGAAGAGCAAGGUCGACAAGCAGAUCGAAACUGGCGAGUAUUUCUUGGGCAAGGUCGGCAAGGAGCGUGCUGCUCAGGAGGAGCGCAAGGAGAAGCAGAGCAAGCGAAAGGAGGAGAAGGCCAAAGAGCGCGAGGCCGAGUUUGUUCCACCAGAGGAGGAUCGCCCAAAGAAGAAGCGCAAGAAGGCGCAAGACUAA